GCCUGGCGGCGGGAAUACGAGGCCGGCCUGGGUUCAAGCCGGGAGCUGCGCGGGGGAAAAAGGCGCCAUGAGCUCCCCUUGGCUGCUUGCCGCUUUCCUGCUGCUCUUGCUGGCGCCCCCGUUCCUCUCCCGCGCUCCGGAGGCAGAGAAGAAGCGGGGUGCCACCAGUGAUUUACUUCCCAGCGUGUGUGCUUCUUGCCAUGCUGAUGCAACAUGUCAGCAACAAGAUGGCAAACAUACCUGUAUCUGCAAUUACGGAUUUGUGGGUAAUGGAAGGACCCAUUGUCAAGAUAAAGAUGAAUGCCAGAUCGGGAUCAGUGAGAUUUGUGGAGAACAUGCUUCAUGCCAUAACACACGUGGAAGUUUUUAUUGUGUUUGCCUUGAAGGCUAUGAAGCUUCUAAUAACAACAGCAUAUUUAUCCCUAAUGAUGGCACGCAUUGUAGAGAUAUUGAUGAAUGUGAAGUCUCAGACAUCUGUGGCCUUGGAGGACUCUGUGUAAACACUCUGGGAAGCUAUAAGUGCGCCUGUGCCGAAGGAUACAGGACAGAAAAUGGUGCUGAAACAUUCCACCCACCUACAGAUAGAAUCUCAUGCAAAGUUGUGGAUUGUGGGGUUCCACCUUCUCUUCCACAUGCAUAUUUGGCUCUUGUCAAUGAAACAACCUAUGGAAACAAAGUCGAAUAUACUUGUUGGCCUGGAUAUGGCAUUGAUAGUGGAAACCGGAUUUCAGUUUGUAGUUCUAAAGGACGUUGGGAAGGACCCUACCUGGUGUGCAAAGAAAUAGACUGUGGGGAACCAUUAAGCCUUCCAAAUACAGACAUUAUCUGGGAUAACUCCACAACUUUAGGGAGCACAGUAUACUAUAAAUGCAAGAAAGGAUUUCAGUCUAUGGGAGAACGUAAUUUUUCACAAUGUACAAUAACUAAGAAGUGGGAAAACAUCACUUUUGAAUGCAAAGCUGUUGAGAAUUGGCCUCACGGAGGAUUAAAAAUGCCGAGAGUUGUUGAAGUGACAAAAUGGCCACCAACUUCUUCCAUAAUAGAUUGUGGACAGCCUUCUUUAAUACCUGACUCUGAAAUCAAAUGGGAUAAGACCUCUCAGCUGGGAAGUGUUGUGGAAUACAAAUGCAGCAAAGGUUUCUAUGCCACAAGCGUGAAAACUCAUUCUCGUUGUUCCCAUAAUGGAUCAUGGGAAAUCCUGGAUCUAAGAUGUGAAAAAGUGCAAGGAUUUAUUGGUUUUGCAGUGAACAAUUCUUGUUUCACGUGGAGGAGGCAUAAUGGAAGUGCGGGCGUAAACGAAACUUACAGACUUACUAUGAGGAUGCUAGGGAUUGAAUUUAAGAAAACUGCCAGUGAAUUGAAGAUUAACCUAACCACUGCGGAGGAGGCUGUAAUGAUGUGUUUGCCACAUCAUCCACACACAAACUACAGUAUAAAAAUAGAAGAGGAAUCCAGCAAUUUGAUUUCAACAUUCUCGAUACUAAAUCCAGUAGUUGAAAAAGAAGUUGUAUUUGGUAACCUCUCUGUAUUUAAUGGCACCUGUGUUAAAUGGCAGAGGAAAUCAGGAAGAGUACAAUCUGAGGAAACCUAUGUGCUUCAAGUACGGGGUUUACGUUGGUAUCAGAAGGAAUUCCUUCAUACUGCGACUUUUGAUUUUGUUGAGAAUUCACAGACUCCAGAGCUGUGCCUUAAUUUACGUCCAGGCAGCAAUUAUACCGUUAACAUUUCCACAACAAAUCUGGAACAUAGUAUCCUAGUCUACAUGCAAACCUCAAUCACUGAUCCACGAUCUCCAGAAGUGGAAUUCAUAUCAGCAGAAGGUUUUGCACCAGUAUUCACGCUGAAAAAGGCAGAAGAAAGUAAUGGGCCUAUAAGUUCUUACCAAGUGAUUGUCGUUCCCUGGAGGCCACAGUGCAACUUUAAUUGUUAUUCCUUGACUAGCCUGGCUUACUUCAGUAAUGGCAGUGAUUCUGAUGGGUAUGUGGCAGCUGAAUUCCCAGCCAGGAUCCUUACGGACAACGGAUCAGUCUUUGCUCUUGGAGACAGACUUUACUAUGGAAAAUUCUACAAUGCUCCCUUGAAACAACGAAAAGAUUAUUGUGUUAUAUUAAGGACCAUCAGUGAAUGGAAUGAGGUGAGAAAAAAAUCCUGCAUAGCCUGGGCCCAAAUUAAAGAUGUAUCAUCCGUGCCACAGCAUAUGACUGUUAUUUUAUUCGGGUCAGUUGCCGCUCUCUGCUCCAUCUUGUUACUAUCGCUCUUCACAGCACGUGUGGCGGUACACGCAUCACAGGCUGCCCUGGCUAAAAGGACAUUGUACGACGAGGUUCAACUUUUAUCUACCACCAAGCAGACUAAUACAAUCCCUUCUCAAAUGACUCAGACAUUCUCGCGUGUUUGAUGUGUACAUCUGCCAGUCAUUUGGGAGACAAUGAAAGAAGACAUGGGGGGAGGAAGCCUGAAACUGUACAGGCAUCCAAGUAUCCUGGGUGGGAUACCGAGCAAGCAAAUCCAUCCAUGGAAUGUCCGCUUAGCACUGGAUAUGUUUUUAAUUCCUCAUUUCUUUUUCCUGCGUUCCUAAACUGCCCUGGGUGAACGUUCUGCACUUUUUUUUAACAGCCCAUCUCAGAGACUGUUGCAGCGACUACAGUGUUUAUUAGAGUGUGGCCUCUUUCCAUCACAGCUUCCUCUCGGCUGUGCCCUUCUAAAGGAGCUUUCCAAACAACAAAGCCAGCUGUCAGGUGACAAGGAACUUCCUUUUUGAUCAUAGGAGGCGGUAUCAGAUAGCAGAGCGAUGUGCUGAAGAAGCUUGGGCGAGCCUGCUAUUCGGAACAAGCAGGCUCCGUUCUGCUUUUCUGCUGCUCCAAACGUCCCGUGUCUCGUUCCCCUGUGUUCUACGUUGCUGUUUCAGCACUAUGUUCCUAUGUUUCAGCCAUAGGGAUAUUCAGACAGCCCCUCAACUGCUUUUGAUGGGCACUGAUGCCCUACUUGUACCCAUCAAUACCCCGUAUUUUAUUGCUCAGAAAGAACGUUGGCCCGAACCAGCACAUGAUCCCAAUGCCAGAGUAAGCAAGGGGAUGGAUUACCCCUUGACCCUUGUGUUUCACUUCAGAACGCAGAGCAAAGUCAUGACCUUGUAGCCCUCAGGCCAGUCAGCGUGAAUAGCCUUCCUGGCUUACAGAGAAUUAUUUUACAGUAAUGAUACCUGAGCAUUUAUGUAGAUGCCAAGAAUGCAAUCCAAGGAAUACAUUUUAUUGGGGCCAACCCCAUGAUACAUAAGGCAGUGCAACAUCUGGCCUGAUGAAGAGAUCUGGGAAACUCAAAAGCUUCUACACCGUUGUGUGUUCAAGUUUAUUUUUCUCCUGUUCUACAAUCCCAGCCCAGUUGCAUUUUGUCUUAAUAGGAAUCUUUUUAGAAUAAAUUCAGAUGUUAUCAU